AAUUAUUUUCUUGCGAUAUUUCCUAAUAAAAUUUUAUCGAAAUUUAUUUUAUUGAAAAAAUUCAAACAGAAGUUGUGUUAUUGUUAGAAGUUGGUAGCUUUUUAAUUUAAUUUUUAAUUAAUUUAUAAAAAAUUUACCUAAAUUAGUUAAUGUUGUUAAGUUAAUUGUUAACUAAUGUUAAAAUUUUGUGUUUAUUGCACAGCAAACAAAGAAAGUAAAGUAGUUAGAGAAAGAAAAAAUUUUUAUUAAAAUUUCUAUGCCUGUCAUGGAGGUCUAUGUUGAUAUGAUGCCAAGAGAUGUCAACGAUGAUGAUGUUUUUAAUAUUAAAGAUGAAAUCCAAGAGAUUAUCAUUCUAUCCGAUGAAGAGGAUAACAAAAGUAUCAGUGAUACUCAAAUCACUAUUCCUAAUCUACAAACAAAUCAAAAACCACCAUCUUCACCUAUAAACAGCAACAAAAUUUCCACUGUUCUCUUGCCCGAUGGUCGAAAACUAGUGCAACUAAACACGCUUCCAUUAAAUCGUAAACCUCCUAUCGUAUUGACUUCACUUUCACUAAAUUCUACCCACCGUAAAUGGCCAGUUUCACUAAUUCCAUCUGCAUCUGCCCACAAAAAAAUGCCAAGUCCGCUAGCAUUGAAUUUGACCCCCAACAAAGCACUUCAUAGUUCACUGAUGUUUAAUUCUACUCGCCGGAAAGGGAAAAAUUCACUAAUUGUAUCUGUGUCUGACCUCCAAAAAACGUCGAAUUCACUGGCGUUUAAUCCGAAUUCUAGCAAUGCAAUGUUUAAGUCAGUAAAGCUAAAAUCGGUCCACCGUAAAAAAGUAAAUUUAGUCAUUUCGCCUCGGCUCGUUCCCAAAAAAAUACCAAAUUUACCGAAGAUUAAACCGGCUCCUAUCAAUGUAGUACCGAAAUCAUUGACGGUAAAUUCUACUCGCCGGGUGAUGUCUGUUCCCCAAAAAACGCCAAAUCCACUGGUGCAUAACUCAAUUCCCAAAAGUGCCAAAACUCUAAUAAUUACGCCUCUUCCAUCAUCGCCAAAAAUACCAGACCCGCCAACUUUUGGUUCUACAUUUCAAAAAGAACUAACUUCACAAAUUAAUUUUUGUUCCAAUCCCAAUAAUCCUACUUCUCAAGAAACUGCACCAUCGACUCUAAACAAAACGACAGUCCCGCCAGUUAAUAUGGGGAAUAUCGUGUAUGAUGGCGUAGGCGAUGGUGAAGUCGAACCCGAAAGUGAAACUGAUGAUGGUGCUUUUGACGACGAUUAUGCUGAGUUCCUGGAAGAACCGACGGAAAUUGAGAAAACAGACGACGACAACCCACCUAGUCUCGGCAUAGACGAGGAAGUGAGAGUCUUCAACCAGCUCAUCAUAGACGAGGAAUCCACACACGCGGAUCAGGAUUCGACGUCUGGUGAAAAAGCCGAAGUGGAAACGAAAAAAUUCGUUUGUACGUUUUGCCAAAAGCCCCUUCCGACUAAAAAAGCCUACCUCGAGCAUGUGCAGUUACACAUCAUCGACAAACUUUACAACUGCAAGGUCUGUAAGAAAUCUUUCAACAUGAUCAGCAAACUGUUAGAGCACGAGAAGGAGCACAAGGAGAAACACGUCUGUAGCAUUUGCUACCUGACUUUCGAUGUUUUCGACGAAUUUCAGAAACACUCGGAUAGACAUAAGUUCGAUGAGAAACCGACUUGCAACAUUUGUAAGAAGCUUUGCAAAACUUUCAGUCAAUUAAGAAAGCACACUAAGAAACACGCAAGCAACAAGCCGUACGUUUGCCCUAUCUGCGAGAAAUCUUUCCGGAAUGCCGUGCACUUGCAGCUGCACCACAACUGCCACAAACUCAGGAGUCCGAUUGUGUGCAGUAUCUGUAGCAAGGUUUUCUACAACCGACCGCCAUACAACCAUCACAUGAAGAAGCACAAACUGACCGGUAAGAAGCGUAUUGAGGUGAAGAUUAAUCCUGCUGAAAAGUCUAAACCACAACGAAAUAUCAACAAGAAAGACGAAAAACACAAUGACAACGCCGACGAUGGCGAGAAGAACGAUCGAGAAAAAGACAAAGUACUGAAAUGCCAAUUUUGUGAUAAAACUUACAACAAACAGUCAUCGCUGAAGUCACACAUGUCGUGCAAACACUGGAACGGCCAUACGACUCUACCUCCUAAUUUUAAUCUAGAAAAGCUGACAAAGGCACAUGUUUUUUCUCAGAAAAAAGAUACACCGACAGUUCAAAGGUGAUAGAUACUGCUGAAUCAACUAUCACUACCUCGAUUCCUCCAUGUGCUGAGCAGAAUUUAGGGCGCCUACCAGCCACAAGAUCACGUCUUAUCGUUAUAGAACCAAUCGAAGACUAACGAAUUUCUUUAAAUAUUGCAAAUCGAUACUAAAUAAUUCAGUGUAUGAAUUGGUGAAUGAUGAUUCGGUUUCAAGUGUGAUCUGGUUUGGGAGUGAACGUUGUGGCAUACAUGUGUGUGUAUUUGUAUGGUAUGUAUGUGUUGGUGUACGUGUAUGUGUCGGUGUAUGUGUAGGUGUUCUUCGGUUUAGUUUUACAAGUUUGUAUGGUAUUAAAAAUGUCUGUGUACAUUCAAAUGGGCUAUUCAUAGUACAUUAACUUAUUACGAUCAUUUAUGUAUUCAUAAUAUUCAGCCAGAACAAUGUGUAUAAUUUUGAUAUAUGAACGAAGGAUACAGUAAUAAAAAUGUACAAAGUUUAUCUCGAA